GCCACAAGUUCCCACGGAAGAAAACUAUAGACUUCGAAUGUUGAAAGAAAGAUUGGCGAGAAUUGAGUUGGAGGCUCAUAAGAAUAAAUGGGAGAUACCCCAUUGGUAAUCGAGUGCUUUGAUUUCAAAACCAGUGGGAAUCAUGAGCUUAUUGGAGAAAUCUGUCGCGGAAUUGAAGUUGCAAACUUUGUCUAUCCAACUCGUAGUCACGGCGGCAACAAGGUUCUGAAAGGCCAGCUCAUUGUGGAUUGUUUUGUGGAGAAAUUCCAGUACAGUUUUCUUGAUUACAUUUCCAGUGGCUUCGAACUUAAUUUCAUGGUUGCAGUUGACUUCACUGCUUCAAAUGGCGUUCCCCGAAGGCCUAGUUCUUUGCACCACAUCGAUCCAUCAGGCAGAGUUUUAAACUCUUAUCAGCAGGCUAUUAUGGAAAGUAGGAGAGCCAGUCUUAUGAUUCUGAACAGCGGUUGUUGGAGUAAAGGAAUCAUGGCAGCUUAUGCUAGUGCUCUUCGCAGUGUUACUCUAGCGGGACCAACUCUGUUCAGCCACGUGGUCGAGAAGGCUGCUCAUCUUGCAAGACUGUCACUCUCACGAAACAGUCCCAAGUACUUUGUUCUGCUCAUCACCACGGAUGGAGUUCUUAAAGACAUGGAGGGUACCCGAGAUGCAUUGGUGAGAGCUUCAACUUUACCAUUGUCGGUUGUGAUUGUUGGCGUGGGAAGCAGAGACUUCACACAAAUCCAACAGCUGCUUGAUGUACAAGCUACCCGGGAGAUUGUGCAGUUUGUCCACAUGAAAGAAACUAAUGGAGGAGUUUCGGUGGUGCAGCCACUUCUCGACGAACUUCCCGGCCAGUUUCUGAGCUAUGUCCGUUCCAGGAAGAUUAACCCAGUCGGCGCUCCAUCCCAACAUGGAACGAACCACCAAGGUUAUAGACGGUGCACACGUAGAAUCGCUGAGAUCGAUGAGAACUUUGUCUGCGCAACGCUUGAUUGGUGGCCACCUGAAAAAUGUAACUAUGAUCAGUGUCCUUGGGGUUACGCUUCUCUCAUCAAUUUGAACUUAUCUUCUCCUCUUCUUGCUAAAGCUAUUCAAGAUCAAGUGAUCUACGACGUAGGAGACUUGAAGACUCCUUGCACUCUAUUCAAGAAGACAGACGACGGUUUGUUCGGAUUCUCUAAAGGAUGUUUAGCUAUAGUAACGUUUGGUUUGAAUGCGCUGUACGAGAGAGUUAAACUCAGCGGAAAUGCAUGGGGAGGUGCUUGGGAUCAUAUUAACACUCAGGAUUUCAUGAACUACACAGUCUCAAAGGGCGAUGCUAUAGACUCGUGGGAGUUUGGUAAUGAGCUAAGCGGAAGCGGUACUGGUGCUAGAGUGAAUGUAGAGCUUUACGGGAAAGACUUGAUUGUAUUGAAAGAUGUAAUCAAGAACGCUUACAAGGAUUCUCGGUCCAAGCCUUUGGUUGUAGCUCCAGGUGGAUUCUAUGAAGAAAAAUGGUACUCAGAGCUUCUUCGGCUCACUGGACCCGGUGUUCUUGAUGUCCUGACUCAUCAUAUAUACAAUCUUGGUGCAGGGAAUGAUCCUAAGCUAGUGAAUAGGAUACUAGAUCCAAAUUACUUGAGCGGAAUUACAGGAAUAUUUGUGAAUGUGAACCGAACGAUUCAAGAACAUGGACCUUGGGCUGCUGCUUGGGCUGGAGAAGCUGGUGGAGCGUUUGUUAGCGGUGGUCGACUAGUUUCCGAGACAUUCAUUAACUGUUUCUGGUAUUUAGAUCAGCUUGGUAUGUCGUCCAAGCAUAACACCAAAGUAUACUGCAGACAAGCUUUGGUAGGAGGUUUCUACGGUCUCCUCGAAAAGGAGACCGCGCUUCUUUGGCAUCGUUUGAUGGGUAAAGGCGUUCUUGGCGUUCAGACAAAUGCCUCGGAGUAUCUACGAGCUUACGCGGGUAUAACGAUUCUUCUGAUUAAUCUAAGUAAACAAACGAAGUUUACAGUCGGAGUCUGCAAUGGCGUGAAGGUUGUUUUGCAAGCAGAUAUAAUGAAGAGGAAAUCUUUCUUGGAAACAAUCGAGACCAAGGUUUCUCGGGCCGGAAAUAAAGCUUUGGAUGGAUAUUUGAACAGAGAAGAGUAUCACUUGAGUCCAAAAGAUGGAGACUUGCGUAGCAAGAUAAUGCUCUUAAACGGUAACCCUUUGGCACCGACGGUCACAGGAGAUAUUCCAAACCUUGAGCCGGUCCGCCACGGCGUGUUGCCUACCUUUGAUGCUCCUGCUUGUUCUUGAAGAGGAUGGUUAUUGGUAAAAAUCAAACAUUGAAGAACAGACCAUAAAUUUCUUGGCAAUUGUAUGUAUUAUCUAUGUAACACAUAAUACUGUAUACUGGAAGUGACUUAUUCCAAUCUAAAUAUAUCUUUUUUACUUUC